AUGACCGCUGGGUCUAGAUGCCGAGUUGUUCAGGUCACAAAUAUAUCGCCAUCAGCCACCCAUGAACAAUUAAGGACUCUUUUUGGCCACAUUGGCGUUAUAGAAGAGAUAGUGGUCUAUCCCAACGAAGACAAGGAUGAUACCACAAGCAAGGUAGGCUUGUUCUUAAUAUUAAGAGUAAAGGUCUGUUACAUUCGAUAUGAUGAUGCCGUUAAUGCUGAAGUCGCUCUUCAUCUCAAUAAUACGGUUUUUCUCGAUCGUGCCUUAAUUGUAUUGCCCCUUGCUGGUGGCAGGGACGCUGUGCCAGACGAGAAGUAUGCAAACCUCGUGAGGGCUCCUCCGAACACCGCAGCUGGUGUCCUACCCAGGAGUGCGGAGUGGCCUUUAGACGUUAUCAGCAUGGUGGUUGGGCGGCCUGGAGAGCAGGUUAUCCAGACCAUCGAGCCCCGACUUUCUACAAUGGGCUUCCCGUUGUAUCCUUCUCUUCCUGCUACCACAGACGGAAAUCGAAUUGAAGAGAUAAGACGCACUAUUCUUGUCACCAACCUGGAUCCAAAGUCUAGUGGCGAUCAAGUAAGACUAGUAGAACUGUUCAAAUCCACCCCCGAUUCAAACUGGUUUUCACUCCACAAUAGCUCAUUUAUAUUUCCCAAGCGGCAUUUCAUGUCCUAA